AUGGGGUCAUCUGAAUCUGCCAGGAAGAGCAGCGGCGUGUUCCAGGACGUCAUCAACUCGAUCUUCGAGCCAGGCGUUAACCAUGGCGUGCUAGUGGUCAUGAACUGCGCAUUCAUUGGCCUCUUCCUCAUCCUCUUCUACCUGCUGGUCGCCACUGGCUUCAACCUGCAUGUCUGCGCCCUGACAGCCAUUGCCGUUCUUCUGUUUGCCUCCAUCCAGUGGUUCAUCCGCGAGCUCGCCAGCAGCAAGGUCCUCGCUAAAAAGUCGCCAGCAAGCUCGCGGCCAUCGUCGUCGCACAAAAAGAAGAAGCUUUAA